GUUGCUUGCGGUAUCGCUCGGCGGAUCCGAGCCCGUAGGAGAUCGUGAACCGCGUUCGCGGGUGUCUCGUGCGCGCGGCGACCCGUCGCUCGCGAAAGGACGCGACGCCGACGAGACGGGCGAGGACGCGCGAAGCGCGUCACGUCGCUUCGCGUCGCACCGUGCCACAAGUCGCAACGGACGCGCGGUCCGUCGUCACGGCACGGCCGAUUUGGGCCGAUCGCUGCUUCAGUGAUUCCGCCGCUGUCACGCGCUUCGCUUCAUCAUGUACCGAGCGACCCGCGCGUCGUCCCACCGUGUGGGAAACCGCGCCGUCGGCGCCGCGAGAGGAAGACGGAAGAAUGGUGUAGGAAAAAAUGUGACAAAGACUUUACCUUCAAUUGUACAAAGUAAUAAUGCAAGUCCACUGGUGAAAAGCGAGAGCAAACUGGAUACCACCAAACAAGCAACAAAUAAAUUCGACACAAUCAAAACGGAAUCCGUACUAGAAACAUGCAAAUCUCCUAUAUUCAUAAUUUACUCUCAUAGUCAAGAUCCAAAUGCCGAAGUUACGAAAGGGAAAAGCCCGCUUGCCCAAUAUUUUUUCGAUAAUGCGCAAACUGUUUCAACUCGUGUUCAAGUGAAGGAAGAGAUUACUCCUUAUGUAGAACAAUUCAAAACUGACGAAACACCAGUAGCUGUUCCAAUUUAUACGCCUUCUACGCCACAUAGAAUAAAGAUGCCAUCGGAAGAUAUAGACGAGGGUGCUACAAUUACUACUAAGGACAAGCAAUCUGUGAUUUCAUUACUGAGCCCGUUAAAAGUAAAAAAGCCAGCAGCUCCACGUGGCCGUAAAAGAGGAACCUCCAAUCAGUCUCUCAGUCAUCGUUUGUCGAAGCCGCAGGGCAUCGAAACGAACCAUUCGAUUACCGACUACUUUCCAGUACGUCGUAGCGUAAGAAAGAGCAAGAAGGCUGUAUUAGAAGAGAAACAACGUGAUCUAGAACACAAAGUGCUUUGCCAGGUGGAGGAUGGUUUAGAGGUCAAAAACUUUCCAGGCAAAGGUCGAGGUGUCAUAACGACACGAGAAUUUGCUAAAGGCGAGUUUGUAGUGGAAUAUAUUGGCGAGCUGAUCAACCAGGGGGAGGCGAAGGAGCGCGAGGAGAUAUAUGCACAAGAUCAAAAUACCGGAUGCUACAUGUAUUACUUUCAACAUCAUAAUCAGCAGUAUUGUGUUGAUGCGACCGCGGAGUCUGACAAACUUGGCAGAUUGGUGAAUCAUUCGAGAACCGGUAAUUUAAUCGCGCGGAUCGUUGAGGUCAAUUCAAUACCGCAUCUGGUACUUACAGCGAAGGAGGAUAUACCGAUCGGCGUAGAGGUCACGUACGAUUACGGAGACCGAAGUCGCGAAUCCAUUCGUCAUCAUCCAUGGCUGGCGUUAUAGCACUUCCAAUUUCACUAUUUAUAAUGACAUCGCGUUACAUUGUACAAAAGAUUCAUUUCAUUUACGUUCCUUCCAUGAAGGAACUAUGUAUAGCGCGAAUUGUGUAUAAAUUAUUUUCACAGCGAGACGCGGAAUCUUUAGCGUCUGGACACGCGACUGUGCGAGCUUCUAUGCUAGUGAAUUCCAAAUAUUUUCCUACGUUACUCCACGAAAUUGAUUCGUUCGGCUAGUAAAAGAGAAUUAAUAUUGAAUUGUUAAUCACGACAUUACUUGUUUUCGUAUGUAUCGGAAGAGUAAAGUAUGAUUUGUAUGUUAUAACAUUUAGCUUAAUGACAGGUUUGAUGUAAUUUAUUAAAAAAAAAAAAAAUGAUUUUUUUAAAGGAGAGAAAGUAUAUUUCUGUCUUAAUGUUAAACGUUUAACUUUAACAUAUGCAGUAUUAUCAAUCGAAUUAGACCCUUUGCACUCGGUAUUUGAAUUGCGUAAUCGUGACAAAUCGUAGCAUCUGCUUCAUCUAGUCCCAGCUUUGGUCUGGUAUCUAUUGACAGCGAUCGAGCUUGGAUUUUCCACAUACUGGACAAAGAAUUCCUAGUUGAAGCGAUUGUGAUACGUAGCUACGAAAACGGUGUAUCCCUCUCCUACUCUUUCGAAAAAGUAUAUAUAUGCAUGUAUGUAAUCAUAUAGUGCGACUAUCGACGAAAGAGAUCUUUUUGUUCAAGUAUUUGUUUGCGAUGCACAAUAGCUUUGAGUGCUUCACUGCCACAUAUUUAGAUGCGAGAACUUGAUUUCUCGAGAGACAAUUGUACAUAUAGCCUAUACAAAUGACACUUGCGAACCUAUUCUUUGAGUGUUUAUAUAUAUAUUCAUCUUCCUUAAAAUAAUUACGUUAAAGAAAAAAACAGACAAUUGUUAUAUUCUUAUCCUCAUUUCGUUGUCAACUAUUUAUAGUACACACGAAUAUGCAUUAUUAUUUAAUAUUUUAUCGCUCACAUACUUUUACAUUGCCGCUAGUUUGUUACUACCGCUCUAAUUUGUAAUUUACAAUUAAUGUUCGAUUUUCGUUAAGAAUAAUUAAGCCUAAUUUACCGAUCUUCCCCAUUCCUUUUUUUGAGCCUUCAACUUUAAAGAGUAAUUCUAAAAAUAGGCUUAUAUAUAAUAUAUACAGAGAAGAAGCAGUUUUUAAUAAACAUUUUUUAUGCUGUCGAUAAUUUUACAUCCGUUGAUCGUGUUUACCGCAUGUCUUAUCGCACGCAAGAAUUCUUGUAGCUCCGCAUAUUGUAUACGAAAUAUAUACGGUUUAUUUAAAGUUGCAAAAUUUGGUAUGUUUUUACAUCUAUUUUCUCUAAGAUUUAUCGCUUAUUACAAACUUGCUUUUUUGUGUGAUAAUUUUCCUGAAAACAAAAUGUGUUGCAAUCUAAUAUAAUGUGAACCAAAUAAAAUAAUUGCGAACGAUUUUGUUGCCAGGAAUGAAAUUGUAUAAACAAUUAUUAAAAAAAAAAAAAUUGGCAAAUCUU